AUGGGAGGCGAAGCUGAAUCCAGACGUCAUUUGUUACAGUGCUGCAAUCAGCGCUUGCGAGAAAUGCUUCCAGUGGGCGCAAGCGUUGUCUUUGUUCACAAUGUUGCAAGAGACCAACUUGGAGCCCGACGCUCCCCGAUCACGUACAGUUCUGCGGUUAGCGCGUGCGAGAAAGUUGGACGGUGGCAGCACGCAUUGUCGUUGUUCAGCGAGAUGAUGGAAGCGACGGUCGAGAUCGACACCAUUUGUUGCAACGCUGGAAUCAGCGCUUGCAAGAAUGAUGGACAGUGGCAGCAGGCAUUGUCGUUGCUGAAGGAUUUGUUUGAAGCACACUUGACACCGACAAUCGUGAGCUACAGUGCUGUAGUUAGCGUUUGCCAGAGUGGCGGACAGUGGCAGCAGGCUUUAGCAUUACUGCACGAAUCGAUGCAAGUGACAUUGGAGUCAAACGUCGUCAUUUUCAGCGCUGGAGUCAGUGCAUGUGUUACAGGCGUGCAGUGGGAGCAGGCUCUGUCGUUGCUCAGCGAAGUGUCGGAGGGGAAAUUAACACCGAAUUCCAUCACCUUCAAUGCGGCAAUCACUGCUUGCGAGAAAGGUGGGCAGUGGCUGCAGGCGUUGUCGCUACUCCAAGAGAUGCCAGGAGCAGAGUUGUUCCCGAACAUUGUCACCUUUAAUGCUGGGAUCAGCUCGUGCGAAAAGUGUGGCCGGUGGCAGCAUGCGCUAUCGUUGUUAAGCCAGUUGGUGAAAGCAACAGUUGAACCAGACGUCGUCAGCUAUAGUGCUGCGAUCAGCGCGUGCGAGAAAGGAGGGCAAUGGCAGCAGGCGAUGAUGUUGCUCAGUGAACUGCGCAAACGGAUAUUGGAGCCAGAUGUGAUCUGUUUCAGCGCAGGAGUGAGUGCAUGUAACAAAGGUGGGCAGUGGCAGCAGGCCCUGGCACUGUUCCACGAGAGUAGGGGAGCGAAGUUGGAACUCGACAUCGUCAGCUUUAACUCUGGAAUAUGUGCUUGCGAAUGGGGGAAGCAGUGGCGGCAGGCUUUGAUGUUGCUUUGUGGGCUACGGCAAGCGAAGCUUCAGCCGGAUGUAAUCAUCAUCUACAGUGUUGGGAUCAGCGCGUGCGAGAAGGGCGAGCAAGCGAUCUAA